GCAGAUGGGGCUGCCGACCAGUGUCAAGACCGAGCUUCAUGGGUUCCUGGACGCUCAGCCAGGGGUAGUCUCCUAAGGGCCGCCUGGCUCUUGGGAGCAGAAGCCAGUUUCCCGCCAUCUGCUCUCCGUGGAGGCAGUGCGCUCGCGGCUGCUGCCCGUUGGGUUCCAGCUGAGGAAGGAGCGUGGAUCCUAGACUUGUUCUUUGCCUGGGCUGCCCCUGCGGCCCCUGGGGCGGGGCUGCUGCGGCGCCAGCUCCAAGGGCGGAUGCAGGCGGGAGAGGCCUCCUGGGAGAAGCAGGGUGCGGUCCCAGCUACGCAGAGGCUCGUAUGCCUACCCUCCACUCCUCACCACGCCCCCAUCUCCGUCCGUGUACACACACUCACGCAAGCACACCACUCCACCCAGAUGCAAAGCAGGAUUCAAAAGAACAUCUUUGCGUUUUCUACGGACUUCCCAUCGUCGUACUAGGGAGGAAGAAGCUGGUGAGAAACAAAACUUCUUUCUACCGUCCUGCCCGUUUCUGCCGACUUGUUCAGAGGCCGAGGAGCCUGUGUUGGAAGAGAUGGUGAUGCGCCUGGGCCUUUUCUUGUUGGUCUUCAUGCUGGGUCUGGGUCUGACCCCACCCACCCUGGCUCAGGAUAACCCCAGGCACCUCUAAGGUACUGAUGGCUCUGCAGAGGACCCAUUCAUUGCUUCUGCUUUUGCUGCUGACCCUGCUGGGGCUGGGGCUGGUCCAGCCCUCCUAUGGCCAGAAUGGCAUGUACCAGAGAUUCCUGAGGCAACAUGUGCACCCUGAGGAGACAGGUGGCAAUGAUCGCUACUGCAACAUGAUGAUGCAAAGACGGAAGAUGACUUUGUAUCAUUGCAAGCGCUUCAACACCUUCAUCCAUGAAGAUAUCUGGAACAUUCGUAGUAUCUGCAGCACCACCAAUAUCCAAUGCAAGAACGGCAAGAUGAACUGCCAUGAGGGUGUAGUGAAGGUCACAGACUGCAGGGAUACAGGAAGUUCCAAGGCACCCAACUGCAGAUAUCGGGCCAUGGCGAGCACUAGACGUGUUGUCAUUGCCUGCGAGGGUAACCCACAGGUGCCUGUGCACUUUGACGGUUAGAUGCCACCCUGUAGGGAUUAUCACGAGUGGUUGACCUUACACUUACUCCUUAAAUAGCAGUGAGUAAUGCAUUUGAGCUGUCCCAGGCUCUGUCUCCUCAGCUCAUUUCUUAUUAUUUUUCUCUAUAUAACUCGUUCUAUUAAAUACAUUGCACCAAAGAGAAAUGGAGACAUAAACCUAUAAUGAAUGAGGCUGGGCUUUUCUGUAAUAAGCUUCCUUUUAUAAUACUGCUCAGCUUAGCUCUCUCAGAUCCUAUCCUGUGGAAUUUAGUUAUUAUGUGUAUUUAUGUAGUAUUUCAAACAUUUCAAAAAUGCUUUCAUCUAUGUUUAUCACAUUUUAAUACCACAGCACUUAUAAUGAUGUCAUUACAUAUAGAAGCUCAAAGUUAAGGGAUUUGCUGAAGACUAUAACAUUAGUGGAAGAAUUGAGACAAAAAUCCAGUGUAGCUGGCCACUUAUUCAGGGCUUUUUCUACUUCAUCACAAGGAAUGUUUUUAAAGUCUCUGCUUUUUUUUAAUCCUUAAAAUUCACCUGUCCGGGGAGGCAUUAAAAAUUUGGCAAUGUAUGCCAGCAAAAUGUGAGCUCUGUAUUUUUUGGCAUUGUUAUGUUUGGGUUGAAUAAGAUUAAGAAAAUGAUAUUGGGAAUUUUCUUUUUCCUGAACCUUUGAAUCACCCUAGUAAGUCAAAGUAUUAAAAAAAGUACUAGAUCAUUAAGACUCAUGUGCUCUUGCUGACUGAAAGAUUUUUUGUUUUUCUUGUAAUAAAGGACUUAAACUGAAGGUACCUGAGAA